UGAAACUAUAAUUUUGUUAUUCGUAUUUUUUGUGCUAUCAUUAGGUAUCGAAAUAUAAAAUCCAAAUAAUAAAUAUACAAAAUUGAAGAUUAUUAACAGACCGUUUUGUGACAAUAAAUUUAAACUUUAAGUCUUAUAGAUAAUGAUGAUAUACUAUUUAUUUAUUUUAUAAUAACUAUACACGCUAACUAUUUGAAUUUUGAAUCCGUGUACAUACAUUAUCUAGAUGAGACGUUCAAGUAAUUUUUUUGACUACAAAUACCUAUGCUUUACAUACAUGGACAGUUCACAUUGAAUGAAUUAGUGUCCCACUACAUAAUAAAAUGUGCUCACUGUUCUCUUGAUACAGUUAAUUCAAUGAUGCGACUGAAGAUUCCUGGUAUAUCUUUUACACGAAUUUUGCAUUUUAAAAAUCAAUUUUGGUCUGAUAGCCAAUUAAAAAAUGUUAAAAGACAAUAUAGUUCUGCAACACCUUUUGCACAAUUAUAUCAAAAAGUAACAGGAGAAAUAAUACCAAGUGAAUAUCUCAAAAAAGUGAAACAAAAAGAACCACACAUUGAAAGUAUAUCUUGGGAUCAGUUGCAAUGUACACUUGAUAUUAUAAAGAAGUUUGGUAUUACAGCUGAAGAUGCUUGUCAUAACCCUCACUUAUUUUGCAUGAACCCAAUAUCAAUGGACAACUAUGGGGAGAUUCUUAAAGAAUGUGGUUUUAUUAAAAUUUCACCCGAACAUAUCAUCAGAUAUAACACAAUCGUGAAGUCAAGAACGGUCGCUUUCUUAAAAAAGAAUGGCCUUCUUAAUACGAAUUCAAAUUUGGAAGAAGUUCUUCUGGAGUUAUUGAAGGAAUGGCCUGAUAAUGAAAAAUAUUUAAAACAUUUUCCAGAUGCAACAUCAAAUAUAUUAACCAUACGAAUGAGUGUCUUGGAGAGAUAUCUUAAGUGGAGACUAGCGAUCACCAAUGAAGAUUUUCAAAAGUAUUGUAAAAAUUAUUUACCAUUGAGACAUAGGCCCCUGUGCGACAUUGUGCAGUCCAUAGACAUUGCAAGAGAUACAUUGAAGUUGGAUGACAGCACUGUUAGAAGAAACGGUUUCCUUAUAUCCUGUGAUCCACUCAAUACCUUACUUAUCUUAGAGAAAGUGGACACCUUAGCAGGAUACGAUAUUAAGGACGCUAUAAAGUUGGAGCCAAGCAUUUUAAAAAAUAACUGCAACUCGCUUUUGGAGAUCAAAAAACUUCUAGAGGAAUAUCAAAUAUCAGAAGACGCACAAAAAAGAUGUCUACGGAUAUUCUGCUUGAGUCCUAAGGCUAUUAGAGAAAGAUUUGAAGAACUUAUCAAUACUAAAGAAUACCAAGUAUUAGCAUCCAAUCCCAGGGUGCUGACGUUGAUAGUUUACAAGAGGAAGAUGCUGCGAAGAUUGUCCAAAAUAAACGUGUCUAAGAAACAAUGCUUCAGCCUGAAUCAUCUCAUAUCUGCUGACAGUGUAUUUGAUGUGUACCUCAGCAGUUUCGGUAACAAAACAUGUGGCAGCGAUAUCGCGAUACUCAUGAACGCGGCGUUACAAGGCCGCAACUCAAACGACAAAGCAGUGUUAAAAGGACUUAAGAGACACAAGUACUGGUUGCACACUCCCCUGCAGGUUCUUCAUGAGAAUAUUGUAAUGUUGAAGAAGAAUUUCACGGAUGACGUCAUACUACGACACUCCCAGCUACUCCUGUAUCCCGCGUCAGAAAUAGAGAGACACAUAAGUUUUAUAAGAAAGUUGAGAGACGGCGUUACGAGCGUCACGGAACACGGCCACGCGAUGGAGCUCGGUCACAUCGGCCUGGAUUAUACCCGACUGACAGACGGGCAGGUGCUCAGCCUGGUGCUGUACGAGAUAGAGAAGAGCUUCCACUUCAGCGGCGACGGGAUAUGGAGCAAGGACGCCAAGGAACAGAGUUUACAUUUGAAACAGCAACACUUACGGAACGCUAAUUCUAUUUGAUCUCCGCUAAAGACAAUAAUUUUAUAUAACUGUUAUGGUUUAUACUCGCUAAACGAAACAGUCAGUGUAAAGAAAACACCUGCUGUGUUAUAACAAAAAGUUAAACAUGUGUUGAACACUUGUUUUAAUAAAGUUCUGUUACAAA